AUGCCCUCAAGCAGCAUUCGGUGGAUGAGCUUUCACGUGUAUGCGCUGGCCCUGGCCUUCAUCGUCAUGCUCUGUGUUCUCUUGCCACUCGCGAAGCUGGCUCCCACUCUUGGUCGAAGUAUAGACGGCGCAGACAAGCGUGAGCAGAGGGGACGGGGGCACACUUCCUUUGUGAGCCAGGCGUCAACUUCACAAAUGCCUUGCAAGGGCCCCAAGUUGAUUCUUCAUGUUGGGCCGCCAAAGACGGGAACGACUGCCCUUCAAGAAUUCCUUGUGAAGAAUGCAGGCUGGCUUCAGGAUCAGUGGGGCGUUAGCGUGGGUUUCCAUGGUAGAGAAAAGGCAGUUGGGAAGAACAUUGCGCACCCCCUUACCUACGUUUGUAAUGGGAACACAGCCAAGAUAAAAUCCUGGGGGCUGUCAGACGAGCAGGUAAAGCAGAGGCUGAAAGAAGGGUUCAGCUACCUCCAGUCCAAACUGAAUUCAUCUCAGCUGGUUCUCUUGUCCAGUGAAGCCUUCGGCCGACUCUUCGAUAACAAGUCCUGGCUGUGCUUCAAUUCCGAAAUCGGGGCCGACACCUGCCAAACUGCGGUGAUAUUUCAUCGGAGUUCCGCGACCUGGAACGCAGCAUGCUGGUCAGAAAUCUCCAAGCACGACAGUUCUCCCCAGAGUUUUUCAUCGUACUUGGCCGAACACGUGAGCGUUCCCGUCGAUAAGCAUGGAGACAGCGACGUACAGCUGCAGCAGCUCAACAGACUGAGACUGUUUGCCAGAGUGAUACCGGUUUCCUACGACUAUCUGAAGGAGCUCAACUGCAGUGGAGCAGCGUUCUUGAUCUGCAACGCUAGUCUUGGCCUGACAGGUAAGAAGUGGUUGCAGUGCAGAAACUCUGUCAAUGGUCGUAGUACGAAGCUUCGGAACAAGUCCCCACCUCAUGCAGCAAUUGAUGUAGUUCGAUUGGCGCGCGACUUCUACGAGAUCAAACAGGCACUGCGAGUAAACACUUCGGGCUGCAAGCCCUGGCCCAUCGGAUUUUGGAGUGACGACUACAUGUCCAAACACCCUGAGAUCAUGACUUCAGUUGUCCCUGCUGUCAUCCAGGUGGCGAAGCAGAUCCCGGUCAAGUGUGAAAGAUUCGCUGGCUUGUUCCAAAGCGAGACUGAGAAGUGGUUUUCGCGCACAGGGGCCAAGAGGCCCACCUCUGGCGGCAAGGACAUCUGUACUGCAGACGUUGCCUCGUUCAAGCCGAAGCACUGGCAAUUGAUCGGCAAGCUCGCACCCGACUGCUAG